AUGGGCGCGGUGUGCACGUCAGACGGGGACUCCGGCGGGGGUCUGGGCGGCUUGCGUCACGCAACAGAGGGGCAACACCACCAACAAGUCAAGAAGCGUUUGGAAAUCCGCAAGCGGCGAGCGGGCCUACAAAAAAAAAAAGGGCAGUCGUUGCAUUUUGUCUGGGCGCAGAGCCGUGAGUCACUUCCCGGAGCCUUCGUGCUCGCAGAAAAGGAGUUCUUGCAGCACCGAUGGGUGACUAGCGGGCGAUGUAGGCGCCCUCUUCUUCCUCCCGGACCUCUUUCCGGCACACCCGCCUCACUGCAGCAGGGGAAUCCACACGCCGUGCUGGAACGCUGA